AUGGUAAAGCCAAAAAGAACUAUUGAUGCUUUUUUUAAAAAAAAUGAUGUACCUUCCGUGGCUUCUGCCUCUAAUGUUGAUGUUUCGGUUCAUGAUAACCAGUGUCCUCCAAAAUCUCCAAGAGUUGAACAUACAAAAGUUGAUCCUACCUUUUUAGAACGUGAUCCAGGAUUACGUCGUCAAAUAUGGGAUUAUCCUAUUGACAAACGUGACGAAGUUCGACGAGCUUACAUCAAAGCGAAAGCAUACCAAAUUCCGCUUUCAGAAUGUCCGCUUUCUAGAUCGGAAAAGCAUCCUCGUCGGUUUCAAUCAUCUUGGUUUAAAUUAUUCCCUUCCUGGUUAGAGUAUUCUCCUUCAAAGGAUGCUGCAUUUUGCUUACCUUGCUUUCUUUUUGGAGCGAAACCAACGGGGCGUCCCGGAACCAAUGCAUUCACUAAUGAAGGAUUUCGAAGUUGGAAGAAAGUUAAUGAUGGUAAUAAGUGUGCUUUCUUAAAUCAUAUGGGAGGAAGUCCAUGUUCUGCUCAUAACAUUGCUGAGAGAGCAUCUUGUGCUUUUAGAGGGCAUGAUGAAUCCCUUCAAUCAAGUAAUCGAGGCAAUUUCAUUGAAAUGGUAAAGGCUUUUGCGUCAUAUAAUGAUGAUGUCGCUAAAAUUGUUCUUGAAAAUGCUCCAAAGAAUGCCAAGUAUACCUCACCACAAAUUCAAAAGGAGAUUUUGCAUAUUCUUUCUACAAAAGUGAGAAAUAAGAUUCGUGAAGAUAUCGGCGAUGCCAAGUUUUGUAUUCUUGUUGAUGAAGCUCGUAAUGAAUCUAAAAAAGAGCAAAUGGCUCUCAUUUUAAGAUACGUUGAUAAGGAUGGUUUUUUACAAGAACGUUUCUUUGAUCUUGUGCAUGUCAAAGAUACAACUUCAUUGAAUUUAAAAAAGGAUCUUUGUGCGGUUCUUUCUCAUUACAAUCUUGAUGUUCACAAUCUCCGAGGUCAAGGUUAUGAUGGUGCUAGCAAUAUGCGUGGUGAAUGGAAUGGUUUGCAAGCAUUAUUUCUUAAUGAUUGUCCUUAUGCAUAUUAUGUGCAUUGCUUAGCUCACCGACUACAACUAGCAUUAGUUGCCGCAUCUAGAGAAGUAAUUGUCGUCCAUCAAUUCUUUUCAAAUUUGAACUUCAUUAUCAAUAGUAUCGGAGCUUCUUGUAAACGAACUGAUGAAUUACAUUCUGCUCAAGUUAUGGAAAUUGCCCAUUUGAUAGAUCUUGAUGAACUUGAAACCGGCGGAGGAGCUAAUCAGAUUGGUACCUUGCAACAACCUGGAGAUACUCGUUGGAGCUCCCAUUUUGAAUCUGUUUGUAGUUUGAUAAGGUUAUUUGGUCCAACAUGUUCAGUUCUUGAAAACAUCAUUGAAGAUGGAAGUAAUUACAAGAGCCGAGGAGAUGCUGAUACUGCUUUUAAUACUCUUAGAUCAUUUCAGUUUGUGUUUAUUUUGCAUUUGAUAAAAGAUAUCAUGGGAAUAACUAAUAUCCUUUGUCAAGCUUUGCAACAAAAAUCUCAAGACAUCGUAAAUGCUAUGCAAUUGGUUUUGAGUAAAAAACAAAUCAUUCUGAAAUUGAGAGAAAGUGGUUGGAACAACUUACUUGAUAUUGUUAAAUCAUUUUGUGAGCGCCACAAAAUUGAUGUGCUUGAUUUGAGUGUUCCUUAUACCAAAAAAAUUAAGGGCCAUUCACAUCACCCACAAGAGAAUAUUACACUUGAGCACCACUAUCGGAUUGAUAUAUUUUAUGGCACAAUUGAUUCGCAAUUGCAGGAGUUGAAUAACAGGUUUAGUGAAAAAGCAAUGAAACUUGUUACUCUCAGCUCAGCUUUGGAUCCUAGAGAUGGUUAUAAGUUGUUUAACGUUGAAGACAUUUGCACGCUUGUAGAUGAAUUUUAUCCUCAAGAUUUCACAGACCAAGAGAGGAUUAGUUUGACAUUCCAAUUGCAACAUUAUAAGGUUGAAGUGCUUGCUCAUUCACAUUUGAAAAAUAUGUCGACAAUUUCUGAGCUAUGCAGAAGAUUAGUGGAAACAGAGAAGUCAAAAAUCUACUUUUUGAUUGACAGGUUGAUUCGUCUUGUCUGGACUCUUCCCGUUUCCACGGCAACUACAGAAAAGGCAUUUUCAACUAUGAAACUUGUCAAAACACAACUACGCAAUAGGACGGAGGAUGAGUUUCUUGCAGAUUACUUGAGCGUCAGUAUUGAAAAAGAAAUUGCUCAGACUUUUAGUACAGAUUCAAUUAUAGAUGAAUUUUCUUCUCUAAAAGAUCGUCAGCUUUUGUAG